GAAAAAAAAAACGGGAAGAAGCUUGAGCUUGUCACUCACUAGCUUGAGGAAAAAUGUUAACUUCAUCAAUGCCUCAAAACCUAAGCCUUUUCGGAUUUUCUCCUCUCAAGUCUUCUUCGUUCGCUCUUAUUCUCAGACCCUUUUCUCUCUACCCACCAAUCUUCGCUUCUUCUUCUCCGGCUCCGAGUCGUCGUCCUCCUCGCACCGCCGGUUACCGUCGCAGUGGCCCUUCUCCUCCGAGACGCAAAUGGAGUAGUUUCGAGGAGCAGAAGAGAAAAGGUAGGUCUCCGAUGGAGAAAGAUAAAGCUAUUAGCUUUAAUCACUCUUCUGAUUCUUUCGAGUUUAAUAAGAGAAGAGCUGAGGGAUUGGAUAAGGUCGAUAAGCCUAAGAAGAAUCUCAAGAGGAAUACUCGCACCCUUAACCCUACCAAUACCAUCGCCUAUGUUCAGAUCCUUGGGACUGGAAUGGAUACACAGGAUACGUCACCUUCUGUAUUACUCUUCUUUGACAAACAAAGAUUCAUCUUUAAUGCUGGAGAGGGGUUGCAACGUUUUUGUACUGAACAUAAAAUUAAGUUAUCAAAGGUGUGACCAAACUUCUUCUUUUGGACUUACUACUACUUGUGUCUGUGAUGAGACGAGUUUAAUAUGUGAUGAUUCGCUUAACUCUUUUCAGGUAGAUCAUAUAUUUUUGUCUCGUGUGUGCUCAGAGACAGCAGGCGGGCUUCCAGGUCUUCUACUGACCCUAGCUGGUAUCGGGGAACAAGGACUAUCCGUCAACGUAUGGGGUCCUUCAGAUCUUAAGUAUUUGGUUGAUGCUAUGAGGUCAUUUAUCCCUCGUGCUGCCAUGGUUCAUACAAGAAGUUUUGGUCCAUCAUUGAAUAUAUCUGACUCUGCGCCUCAGAUUGGCUUAAGUAAACCCAAAGAUGAUGCCUAUGUUCUUGUGGAUGACGAAGUUGUGAAAAUAUCCGCCAUUCUCCUAGAACCAAGUCGCUUAGAGGAAUCUGGCAGCAAACCUGGUGAAACAGCAGUUAUAUAUGUAUGUGAAUUACCUGAAAUCAAAGGAAAGUUUGAUCCAAAGAAGGCCAUGGCUCUUGGAUUGAGAGCUGGUCCAAAGUACAGUUAUCUUCAGUCUGGACAGUCAGUCAAGUCAGAUUUUAAAGAUAUUACGGUUCAUCCGAGUGAUGUGAUGGGACCUUCAGUUCCUGGUCCUGUUGUUUUGCUUGUGGAUUGUCCAACAGAGUCACAUGCCGAGGAACUGCUAUCUAUCCCGUCUAUGAAGACUUAUUAUUCAUGUCUUGACAAUUCAACAGAUGGAGCUAAGCUUGUUAAUUGUAUUAUUCAUCUAAGUCCAGCUUCUGUAACAAAUAGUUCUACAUACCGAAGCUGGAUGAAGAGAUUCCAUUCUGCCCAGCACAUUCUCGCUGGACAUGAAGCGAAGAAUAUGGAGUUUCCAAUCCUGAGAGCCAGUUCUAGAAUCACAGCCAGACUUAACUAUUUAUGUCCACAGUUCUUCCCAGCUCCUGGAUUUUGGUCUCAUCAACAUGAUAAUAACUCGAUAAACCCCACUUCUUUGAGCAAGUGCUUCGAUUCGAAUCUUGGUGAAAGCAUUUCUGCUGAAAAUCUCCUCAAGUUCACUUUGCGUCCACAUGGUAAUCUUGGGGUAGACAGAUCUAGUAUCCCUAGUCGAUUAACAGCUUUACGAGUGAUGGAUGAGCUUCUUUCAGAAAUUCCUGAAAUCAGCAGUAAGACCGAAGAAAUCAAGCAGUUAUGGAAUGGACAACACAACAAGAUGAUGAUCGAAGAGCCAUGGCUGGGUGAAAGCACUGUUCCAAGCUGUCUUGAAAACAUUAGAAGAGACGACAUGGAGAUAGUUCUUUUGGGCACUGGUUCCUCCCAACCCUCAAAAUACCGAAAUGUCACGGCAAUUUACAUCGACCUAUUCUCUAGAGGCAGUAUUCUCUUGGAUUGUGGGGAAGGUACCUUAGGCCAGCUUAAACGAAGAUAUGGUUUAGAAGGAGCUGAUGAAGCAGUCAGAAACUUGAGAUGUAUAUGGAUCUCUCACAUCCAUGCUGAUCACCAUACGGGUCUUGCAAGAAUCCUUGCUCGCAGACGUGAGCUUUUGAAAGGAUUGGCUCAUGAGCCAGCAAUUGUGGUUGGACCGAGAUCGCUUAAGAACUUUCUCGAUGCAUAUCAAAGACUUGAGGAUUUAGAUAUGGAGUUUCUCGACUGCAGGAACACCACAACAACAUCUUGGGCUUCUGUAGAAACCAGCCGCCCUGAGAAAAAUACCAGUAGCGGCAAUGCAGAGGGUUCUUUGUUCAGUAAAGGAAGUCUAAUGCAGAGUAUAUAUAAAAGACCGAGCAGCCCACUGACAGACAAUUCUUCAGCUUUACCAUUCUUGAAGAAACUGAAAAAAGUCCUCGGCGAAAUGGGGUUGGAGCAUUUGAUUAGCUUUCCUGUUGUGCAUUGCCCUCAAGCCUUUGGGGUUUCGUUAAAAGCAGCAGAAAGAAAAAACAUUGCCGGAGAUGAGAUUCCGGGGUGGAAAAUGGUUUACUCGGGAGACACAAGGCCUUGUCCUGAGAUGGUUGAAGCUUCAAAAGGAGCAACAGUUCUUAUACAUGAGGCGACGUUUGAGGAUGCGUUGGUAGAAGAAGCUGUGGCUAAAAACCAUAGCACAACUAAAGAAGCAAUCAAAGUUGGAUCUUCAGCAGGUGUAUACCGAACCGUACUGACACAUUUUAGCCAGAGAUACCCAAAGAUCCCGGUGAUUGACGAAUCACAUAUGCACAAUACAUGCAUUGCCUUUGAUAUGAUGAGUAUAAACAUGGCGGAUUUACAUGUGCUUCCAAAGAUUUUACCUUACUUCAAAACUCUAUUCAGAAACCAAGUGGUUGAAGAAGAAGAAGAAGAAGAAGAGACUGAUGAUGAUAGCUUAAUACGUGACAAAGUCCCAAGCUUUUUCAUCAAUUAGUAUAUAGAUUAGAAUGUUCUGUUUUGUCCCCUGUUUUUGACUGUGUUGUAUUGUCUUUAGAAAUAAUAUCAAUUUAAUUGAUUUUUCCUGUGAGUGUGACAGAGGAAAUAAAUCAGUUUCAUGUGCA